AAAAGGCCAACUAACACGCUUUUCUUCUUUCCCCCUCUCUUUUCUUUUUCUUCUUCUAUUCUCCUCUUUUCUUCUUUGCCUCUGUCACAAGUCUCUCGCAACAUAACACAAACUCUCUCUCUCUUUUUCUCUUGUUGAGUCGUCUCUUUCUCUCUCCUAAAAUAGACGGCGACCGGCGAGCGCAAUCUCGCCGGGGCUUCGCCGGAGAUCAGCUUUUUUUAAUUUCUCUCUCAAUAAUUAAUUAUCCGUACGCAUAAACCAACAAGAAAAGAAGAUAAUAUUUAAAGAAGAAGAAGAGAAAAGAAAAAAAAAACAAAGGUCCGGUUCUGUUCUGUUAUGUGUACGAACGUAUAAGCGUUUAUUUCUUGGUUUCUUGUGUAUCUCGUGUGGUGAGAUUAACGGAAAAGCAAUGCAGGCGAGAAAAGAGGAGAUUUGGCCGAAAUUAUCAUGAGAUCUCCCCGCUUAUGAAUUUCCUUAUGUCGUGUAGCCAAGGUUCAAUUUUUGUUGCGGGUUCCUCUUUGUCUUUCUUCUUUUUGAGUUCAACUUCGUUGAAUUUUCGGGAACAAAAGAGACUCUGUUUCAAUUUAGAAGCAGAUGAUAAUGAGUAGAGCCUAACCAAGCAAGCACGUGAAGAGCUUUUCCACAAUACUUCUAUUUCCAGAUUUUGUUUUUUUUUUUAUGGGAUGCCUUCUCCAAUGGUGGAUCAGAGGGGAGUUUCUGCUUCAUCUCACUUUUUUGAUGACAUUUCUUUUCGUUCUGAGAGGGAUGCUGGAAUACGGAAGUUCAAAUCCAUUCAUGAUCAAUAUCCACAAGGAAAAAAUGGAAUGAUAGCAUCCCCUGGAAGCAAUUUGAAUUCUUCAUCUGUACUGGAAAGAAGUGCAAAAUCUGGUUUGCCAAUGUCAUGCACCAGUCUAUCUAUUGAAAAUGUGGAACAGCUAAAAUUUGGUGGUGAAGGCAUUUUUGAUGCGCUGAUGGUUUCCAAGGAAUCAUCACAUUAUCAUCACAGAUCAAGGUCUGAUGUAUGUAUGCGCUCCGGACCGAACUCACCUGGUGUAAUUGGGGACAAGUUUGUUUCCAGUGCAGCCACAUGUGAAAGUACUCUAUUCUCGAGCUCAUUGUCUGAUAUGUUUUGCCAAAAGUUGAGGUUGUUCGGGAAAGAUGCUUUAUCUGAUCAGCCCGAUAUUAUUGAUUCUGUUCCCGAGGAAGAGCCUUAUAAAUCUCUUGAAGAAAUAGAGGCUGAAACUAUAGGGAAUCUCCUUCCUGAUGAAGAUGAUCUGUUUUCUGGUGUCAAUGAUGAGUCAAGAUAUAACAAUACUAAUGCCAGAAAAAAUGAUGACUUGGAGGAUUUUGACUUGUUUAGCAGUGGGGGAGGCAUGGAGCUGGAAAGAGAUGAACAUCUGAAUGCAGGAUUAAGAACUAGUGCUCUGGAGGGAGAUUCAGGUUUUGUUGGAGGUCCUAAAGGAAAAUUUCCUUUUGUCACACAACCUUCUAGAACACUCUUUGUUCGAAACAUUAAUAGCAACGUAGACGACUCUGAGCUAAAGGCUCUCUUUGAGCAAUAUGGAGAUAUUAGAACCAUGUAUACAGCUUGUAAACAUCGUGGUUUUGUCAUGAUUUCUUAUUUUGACCUAAGAGCUGCACAAAGUGCAACGCAAGAACUUCAAAAUUGGCCACUGAGGUUAAGGAAACUUGAUAUACAUUAUUCAAUUCCAAAGGUCAAUGCUUCUGAGAAGGAUAUUGGCCAUGGUACGCUGAUGCUAUCUGGUCUUGAUUCAUCUAUUUCAAAUGAUGAACUCAAACAGAUUUUUGGAUUUUAUGGAGAUAUUAAAGAAAUUUUUGAAUCUCCUGAAAUGAAACAGCACAAAUUUAUAGAGUUUUAUGAUGUACGAGCUGCAGAAGCUGCUCUUCGUGCAUUGAACAGGAUUGACAUUGCUGGGAAGCAGAUCAAGAUUGAACCAGGACAUCCUAGUUUGAUGCAGCAGUCUCAUAAGGGGCAAGAUGAACCAGAUCUUGGUCAGAGUAUUAUUGACAACUUAGCACUGAGACAGAAUACAACGGUGUCUGCUGGAGUGAUUGGAUCUGGCUUGGAAAAUGGUUACAAUCAGGGAUUUCAAUCUGGAAUGGCGCAACCUUUAAACACGUAUAAUGAUAAUGCAUUUGGACAUAUAAAUUCUAGCAUUCACAACACAGUGAGAGGAUCAUCAGCUUCAAAUGUUUCUGGCGUUUCUGAGUCCAAUAUAUUUGUUGACGCAAUAAAAUUUGCUUCUAGUCCGAGAUUUCAUCCUCAUUCCUUACCCGAGUAUCAUGAUACUUUAGCUAAUGGUAGUCCUUAUAACUUUUCAAGCACCAUUAGCAACAUGACUAGCAGUGUCAAUACUGGAGUGACCGAAGCCUCUGACAGCAGGCACAUUCAGGGAAUGGGCUCAACUGGGAACUUAGCAGAAUUUAAUGCAGGAGGAAAUGGGAUCCGGUCACAUCAUGGACUUUAUCAGAUGUGGAACAGCUCCAAUUUGCAUCAGCAGUCUUCAUCAGGUACCAUGCUGUGGCAGAAAAGACCAUCAUUUGUUAAUCUUCCACAGAUGCCAAGCUUUGCCAUAACACCACCUCAUAUGUUGAGGUCACAACACAUGGACCACAAUGUUGCAUCAGCACCAGUGUCACCUUGGGGAAGGCAACAUUCGCACCUAGCAGAAUCCCCUGAUGCUUCUGGUUUUGUGGGAAGUGGAGGUUUUCAGGGUUCCUGGCAAUUGCUUUCUCCAGAAUUUUCUCCUCGUUUGUUUCCUCAUGCCAGUCCUAAAGGCACUGAACUGCCAUCCAAUGCUGGGCAGAGUUCUCCUAAGCAUCAUGGUUUCCCUGGAAGACAUUCUAUGAAUUCAACGUCAAAAAUUGAUUCUGCCAAUGAACGGAUGAGAAGCCUUUAUCACCGUAGGAGUGAAACAAACAAUGCUGAUAAAAAACAAUUUGAACUUGACCUAGGUCGCAUAAUGCAGGGGGAAGACACCCGAACAACACUUAUGAUAAAAAAUAUUCCCAACAAGUAUACCUCAAAGAUGCUUCUUGCUGCUAUUGAUGAGCGUUGUAGGGGAACUUAUGAUUUUCUGUAUUUGCCAAUUGACUUCAAGAAUAAAUGUAAUGUUGGUUAUGCAUUUAUAAAUAUGAUCGAUGCUGCUCAAAUUAUUCCUUUCCACCAGACUUUUAAUGGGAAAAAAUGGGAGAAGUUCAAUAGUGAAAAGGUAGCCUCACUUGCAUAUGCCCGAAUUCAAGGAAAAGCUUCUCUCAUUGCCCAUUUCCAGAACUCAAGCCUGAUGAAUGAAGAUAAACGUUGUCGCCCUAUUCUCUUCCACACUGAUGGUCCAAAUGCUGGUGAUCCAGAGCCUUUUCCUAUGGGUACCAAUAUUAGAGUGAGACCUGGAAAAUCUCGCACUGCUGGUAAUGACGAAAGUCGCAACCAACCAAGUCCAAGAAUUUUGAUAAAUGUAGAGUCUCCUAAUGGACUUGACUCUGCUUAGACUCUUCAUGAAACUCUAACUGAUUAAUCCUGGGGUCCUAACUGUUCAAUAUCGCAUCAUAAGUUAUGUUCAACCCCGGAUAUGUACAUUGACCUCUUUUUGUACUAGAAGAAAAAAAAAGAAAAAAGAUAGAAGAGAGCCGGAGCCUGGAUUUCAAGGGGCUAAAAUUUUUUUGCCUAUAGAGGAACACUUAAACAAGUUUUCAGAGGCUGUAAGUACAUAACCAGAAUGAAAUCACUGAUUCUAGUAUUUUUUUCCCCCCGAAAUUUUUGCAUGGAGUCCUGUUUAUCAUCUCACACUUCAGAGUAUUUGAUAUACUGAAGCUCAAAAUUUUGGCCAGCUGAUAAAGAGUGGUUUCACAAUUUACAGAAAUUUCCUUCACAAAUCAUUAUGGGGUUCAAGGGACUUUGCUGAUUUCGUUUUGAUCAUUGUUGUUAAUAUGUAAUUUUGUAUUGUAUUUUACUUCUGGGAAUAGUUUUUGACUAUAGGAAGUGAUUGAUUAUCAAGAAAAAGAGACUUAAUUGUAA